AUGUAUUACCCUAUCCUUUCAUCUUUCUCUCCCUCCACAUGUCCUCUGUCUGACACUGGCCAGCUGCUGCUGCUGCUGAAUCUGUUUCUUAAAAAACCUUUACUUCCACUCUUUUCAUCUAUGCUCUCCUUUUUAAACCCCCCAAAAAAAACUCCUUAUUCUUUGUCUACUACUACCCAUUUUUUUAAUUAUUCUUUUAUUUUUGUUUCCUUUUUCAUUUAUGUCCUUUUCUUCUUUUUCUUCCUUUUCUUUUUUCACCAUUUCUUUGAAUCUUUCCCCCUCUUUAUUUGUCCAUUAAAAAAAAAAAAGAAGACUUUUUUGUUCUAUCCUUCAUUAUUUGUCUUUAUUUGGCUUCCCUCUUUUAUACCCAUAUUUUACCAGCUACUACUACUAGUGGCCAAUUUUCCCCCUCUCUCCCCUGCUCUGCUGGUCCGAACAAAUCUUACCAACUUUAUUAGCACUCAUCUAUUUACAACAUUACCAGCACCACAAUAUCUUUUCACUCUUUCUUAUUUUCCAAGCUGUUUUUUUCUCUUUUUAGUUUUUCUCUCUGUUUUUUCUUUUCUUCUUUCCAGUUUUAUUUUCUUCCUUUUCUUCUUCUUAUUUGUUCUUUGUUUUUCCUUUUCUUUUUUUCUCUUCUUCCUUUCCCUCUUUUUCAUUCACUCUUCUUCCUUUUUCUCUUUAUCAUUCACUGUUCUUCCUUUCCCAUUUUUUUUAUUCACUCUUCUUCCUUUUCUUCAUUCACUCUUUUUACUUGUUCUAGUUCUCCUCUAUUUCUUUUUUCAUUUUUGCUUAUUACCUGUUCCUGAGUAUGGCGACUUCAGGAUUUACCACUUCUUUUUCCAAAAGUGUCAAAGAGAUGGCUGGCUAUGUCUUUGCUCCCUUACAGUGUUGCCAAAAUAA